AAAACUGUACCUUUCACUCAAUCUCACCUCGAACCUCUUCGCAUUAAUAUUCCGCUGUAUAGAACCUUGGACCACGUUUUCACUUGCUCAUAGCCUGAUAUUUCUCUGAAUAAGACAAACUGCCUCUUUUGUAUGAAAUUCCUUAUUCAUACUGCACUCGUCCCCUCUGAUGGCAGAUCCGGGUAUUACCAAUAAAUGGGUUUGGCAUCUUAGGAGCCGCGAGGGCCCAAGGAACCCACCAGAUGAGUUUGAAUACUUGAGAGAUAUCCAAGCCUAUUUGCUUGCGAUUGAGAUGAAAGGCAUCUACGCUGGACUUGUUGAGGUGGAGACCAAAUGCACGGAAAUCGACCAAGGCAAUUCCUCCAACACUGAAAGUAACCCAGAUCUCAGCGCCGAGCAGUGGGAGGAUCUUGGGACUCUCCAACGCACGCUUUUAGAUAAACAUAACGACUUCUAUUUUGCGUCUUCCCCACUCCGUCCGCAGCUUCAUCAGUUCAAAAAGCUCGCGUAUGAUCAUUCUUUUCACUCUCGCCCUCUGCGCCGGUUCAGCGACCGCUUACUUCCCUUACUACGGCGCGAGCAAGACUUAGAGACCUCACGGCGAUGGCUGGACGUUAUGAAGCUGACUUCCUCUCUGAUUCAAAUUCUCAGCGAUGAAUAUUAUUAUUAUGAGGAGGUGGCUUUUCUAGAUGCGUUUGAACAAAUUGAAGCCAUCUUGGAGAGGCUCAUGUUGUGGUUCAGGAACAAGUACGAUAGCCUGAACUACAACAAAGAUGAGACUGAAGAGCAAGACUUGUGUGAACCUACAUUUGAGUUUCCAAACAACAUCAGAUAUAUAUGCACAACGAUGCCAUGGACGAUACGUCCAGCGCUGUUAGUACUUUGGGGUGUAUGUUGGAUGUUCAUCAUCGGUUCUGGUGGAACUGAGCAAGAGAAGCUCACGGCGGUCGAUCCGAUUACUUCGCCCUUGCCUAAUACUUAUAAUCUUCAAGGCGAUCUUCCGAGUAUCAUUGGAGCUGGACUUCAAACCUCGGCUGUCAAUGAGUUUGACAGCACGGUGGAUUUGAGUCAAAUCAUCAUGGAUUCCUUCUUGAACGAAGACACUGGAAUGAUAAAUGUUCUGAAUGGUCCAUUGGACUCACUCCAGACCAUCCCUCAAACUCUAAACUUUCUAGCCACAGACUUCGGAUGGCGGGGCAUUGCAGAAAACUCGGAAUUCGCAAGACAAGAACCCGAUGAAGCCGCCGGAUUAUCUUGUGCUGCCGUGAUCCGUAUCCCAGUUACGAGAAGCCAAAUCAGCUCGGGCGAGAACAGCUCAAUGAUAUCCACAAGUGAUGCGGACUUCGCUGACCAUCACGAUCGAGAGAGCAACCCUAAUCAAUAUAGCGAAGGACAGAAAAGCCAACCUCGCUUUUCGUGCCCGGACUGCGGAAAGACGUACACGAGGCUCUCCUCUCUAAAACGGCAUCAAUCAGAGGCACCUUUUCACGCAGAAUCGAGCUCAAAAGGGUUGUUCCCCUGCCCCUAUACAAACUGCAAGCGUGCUAUAGGAAAGUCACCCUUUCAGCGAAAUGACCGUUUGAAGAGACAUCUCGAGACAUGCAAGCACCAUAACAGAGUCUCAAGUUCGCGAGAAGAGUCAACAUCUUCACGAUCAUCGUCAGCAUUGACCCCAACCUUAGCUGAUGCACUGCAAUGCCAAGACCCAGGACCAGAAGAAGCGGUCAAUGCCAACGGCACUAGGAAAAGGGCAAGGUCUGAGAGCGAUGAGGUGUUGAGUGACGAUUCCUUCAAGAAGGAGAUAAUGAAAAAGCGCAAGAGCAAAGCCAAAGAGGUCGAGGAGAAAAAAGCUGUGUAUUUACAGUCUCUGAAAGAGCUGGAAUCUAUCGACAACACUAUACAUGUAUUCUACGGUUCUGGCCCGGACUCGUAGUCGGCAGAUUGAUCUUGAUGUGGAGUAGGCUUGGAAAGGAAGAGAAUUUUCAGAAAGAACAGGGAUUUAGGAAGCCGAGUUAGCACUAUACUAGAUUGAUUAACAGCUUACGAAUAUAUGCAACGAGUAUCCAUCAA